AUGCCGGGCCUCCAAUCAGAGAGGAGGAGGGGUUUCAUGCUGGAGGGAUGCCAGGCGCAGGGUCACACCGCCGCUGUGUGCGUGCCGCUUGUCUGUACCGAGGCCAACUGGACAUCAGCUGACAUGGAGCCGACACCCGGACCCACAGCCCAGCCUCCACAGAGCGCUGUAUUCCUGUGUCUGCUGGGAACAGUUUUGGUCCAGAGCCAGUAUUCCUGGGAUGGACCUGCGGCCGGCAGACCGGGGACUACUACAGAGACCCCCAACCCAGAUGUGUGUCUUACGGACCAUGCAUCAUGUGGCUGCUGUCUGAUGCAGCAGCAGCUGUACAGGAUGGAGUCAUUUUUUAACAUGAGCCUCAAUGAGCUGCAGAAGGACUUGAAACGAGCGGAGAACGUCCUCAACAACAUUACAACCACCCGCAGUGCCUUCUCUGUGGCUCUGACCAACAAUCGCUGGUGCCUCGGCCCAGAACGUGAGGAAACGACUGUCGUGUACCAACAUGUUUUCAUCAACCUGGGAGGCAGCUACAACGUAACAACAGGCAAGUUCAUCGCUCCCUACUCUGGAGUCUACAGCUUCUCCCUCACCGUCUACAGCGAUGCCGGCGCCCCUGACAGUGCCCUGGCUGCCUGUGCCAGUUUGCACGUGAAUGGCAGUCAAGUGGCUUCAGCUAGCGACCAGAACAGGCAGGAUCAAGAGGACAGCUCCACCACUGUUGUGGCUCUGCGCCUGAAUGCUGGAGACAAGGUGCACGUAAAGCUGCCUGCUGGUUGCUUCCUGUGUGACAACAACAGCCAUUACAAUACUUUCACCGGCUUCCUGCUCUAUGCUACUUACUAA